AAAAACCCAAGCUACCGUUUUUAGAACCUCAUUAAUGCAAGUGCACCUAUAUCGGGUGGCUGAUAAAGUGCUGUGAUACGCUGCAACCGUUUGGUAGAUGUUCUGGAGGUGCUUCCUAACGAAACAAAUUGGUGCAGAUCAAGCCGCAACAGCCUCCGGAGGAUUGGCCUGUGGGGGUCUUUGGCUCUGUGCCUCUUGUGACUUCAUUCACGAAAAGAGAUGGCUAGAGGUUUGGGAGCUUCAAACAUCUCGAAACCAUCCAACCGUAUCGUACUCUUUCGCAGCAACACUUGCACAAUCGACAUCAACGGAUUUGAAGCCACAUGUUCUCAGCAUUUCGUCAGAAAUAUGGACGAGUUGACGUGCGAAAAAUAUGCCUUCCCCUUAGGUAUAUCACCAGCUCAG